AGGCGCCAACUGGACGUUGUUCCCGGAAUGCUCUGCCUCCGUCCAAUCAGCGGAAAAUGCGUGGAAGACUCCGGAGAGAAUCGGACUUUUUGACCAAUGGGGUGCCGGCGUAGUAUGACGUGGCACCGGGAAGCCCGUACAAUCACUGCACUUUACCGGCGUCUGUAGUGAAGCGGCGGCGACUCAUGAGACGCGCGGAGCGAACUGGUCUCCUUCAGCAGCGGGUUAAACGUCCAUCCACCUGAGUUACUUGUGCCGAAAUGUUGUGUUUAAGCGGGCUGUCGGUGGCGCUCGCUCUCGCCCUGGUGCCGGCUCCCGCUGACGCCCUGAAAGAAGGAGAGUGUGAAGUGUGUGUGACCUUCCUUGGGAAGUUUUACCAGUCACUAAAGGACAACGAUGUAAAGUUCAACAGCGCUGACAUCGAGAAGGCCAUCGUAAAGACCUGCAAAGAUGUUAAAGGGAAAGAAAACCGCUUUUGCUACUACAUCGGGGCAACAAGUGAUGCAGCCACCAAGAUGAUCAACGAGGUUUCCAAGCCGCUCAGCUACCACGUCCCAGUGGAGAAGAUCUGUGAGAAACUCAAGAAGAAGGACAGUCAGAUCUGUGAACUGAAAUACGACAAACAGCUGGACCUGACCACAGUGGACCUGAAAAAGCUUAAAGUGAAGGACCUGAAGAAGAUUCUGGAGGAGUGGGGCGAGUCCUGUAAAGGAUGCGCUGAAAAGUCCGACUUUAUCCGCAAAAUCACAGAGCUCAUGCCCAAGUACGCCCCUGCAGCCGCCAAAGCACGGACAGAACUGUAACGGAGCAAAAACAAAACACAAACAACCACGCAGCUUUGGACUUGACUGUACCAGACUGCCGCCCGGUGAGCAGGACCAGGAGCGGAGGACGGGAGUUUUGUCUGACAUGUUUGUCUCGGUCUUUUGUUUUUUGUUUUUUUGUUGUUUUUUUUUUUUCUGAGGGUAUACACUCACCUUAUAAACCUACAGAGAUUCAGAAGUAUAGCUGUUAGCGUGUACACAUGAGGCUGCAAUCCUAUACUAUACUUUUAAAUCAAGUGUGAGGGGAAUGAACAGUGUUUGCUGUCACAGGAUGAAAGGUUGGGAAGGAAUUCAUAGGACAGGAGCAACGAUUAAAGGGGAAAUUAGAGCAUCGGGAGCAGUUUUUCUGCAGAAGUAGUCAAUACAUUUCACAGCAAGUAGCUAGAUAAGUGACAUUUGGCUAUAUUCACCAUCAAUGUCAAAAUCCUCAAAUCGGAGGUGAGAGUUUGUGCUCGAAUGCACCACAGCAGAGCAUGUUUGUUGUUCGCUGUGCUGCCCAGGACUUCCCGUCUGAUCCGGGAUUUUGAAUCUGCGGCCGCUGCUUCUCCCACCUCUGCCAACACCACUCUGACACCCGAUAGGAUCUAAAUGCCAGGAUGCUUUUUGCAGAAUGUGUUUAGUUUCCUGUAAUAUCGCCGAACUUGACUUUAAUUUCCAUGACGUCUUGUGGAGGAGGAUGAGUGCGACAUCCCACCCGUACUGAGUCUUCAAGGAAUGGUUUGACAUUUUGAGAAAUACACUUAUUGGCUUUCUUGCUGAGAGUCGGAUGAGAAGAUCUCUCUCGCUCUGGUGUCUUGUCUGUUAAAUAUGAAGCUGCAGCCAUCAGCCGGUUGGCUUAGCUUAGCUUAAAGGCUGAAAGGAGGGGGGGUGACUACCCUGGCUGUGUUUAAAGGUAACAACAUUCACUAAUCAACAGAUUAUACCGCGUUUGUCAAAUCUGCACAAAAAACAAAGUGGACAAAAGGACAAUUUUCCCUUCAGUGAAUGAGCGUACUUCCCUCAAUGUCAAACCUUUGCUUCGAGGCCUGAGUUAAUGUCAAACAGCUCAUGACCACUGUCCUGUCGAGACAUUCAGAACUCCAACAUUUUCCCCUUUUAAACUCCACUGUAGUCAGCAAAGUCACCCAUAUUCCAACCCAGUCAGUCAUAUAAAUGUGCCGUUAUUAAAAAAAGUGAAAUCAACUACUUGUUUUUUUUUUUUUUUCUCUUGUUCAUGACACUUGUUAACUUAAUUUUUUUUUUUUUUUUUUAAAAAGAGGGGAAUCGGAAACAUACAUUUUAUAAAUCCAGGUGACAGUGCAGUCAUCGUCCAGAAAAAAAAACAGACCUGAGUGGGGUAUAGAUCUUAAGUUUGAAACAACACUGGCGACAAGAAGGGACCAGUGGAUGACAGAACAAAAUUUAAACCGAGCUACCUGGACUUUUGAAUUGGCUCUAACUGGUUUCAGAAUGUUCUUGUAGCAAAAGCCUCUGCCAAGGCGAAAACAAACUGGCAGAGGGCAGGGAGUAUGGGUGACUUAGGUUAAAGUACAUUUUGUUAGCCUUUGACACAGGACGGUACACCAGUCCUUCCACUGUCAGCAAAGUAAGAAAUAUUUAGGUAAGAUAUUUAUUGAGGAUUUUUUUUUUUUUUUUUUUUUUAAAGACUGACCCUCUUUCAUUUCUAAUACGCGAUUGUUUUUCGGGCUUUUAUUUUGCUGUGACUGAUUUACAUUUCAGGUGGUUUCUGUGCUGCAGCUGUUAAGUGUAGUGAACAGUGCACCUGAUGAAAUACUGUACCCUUCAGCUCUUGCGUUGGGAUCACCUGCAGUAUCAUCCAAUCAGGAACUGGAUCAUAGGAUCGUAGAAAUUUUUAAAAUAAAACCAAGAGAAUUCAUCCGGGGUGAACCGAUGUUUGAAAUCUGAUCCCACUCACCCACACCUAUGUCACAAACUCAGCCGUGCGAGAAUAUUUAUGGUUCCUGAACAUGGGGAAACGAAAGUUUUCUUUCACAUGUUGCAGUGACCGGUGACAGAAGGUAUAGAUAUUUUAUUGUUUGAUGUAAGCAGAUGGCGUGUACUUAAAAAAACAAAAUCAAAAAAACAAAGCAAUGUACUUGAUAAAAGAUGUGACACUUGAUGAGACUUGAUCUGGGAAAUGAAAACUUAAAUAUGCUGUUGUUUCACAUUGACCUUUCGUGUAAGGCCCAGUCAUUUGUUACAACUGUACUAUUCUACUUUUUCAUUAAAAUAUGAAAAACUCCA